ACACAGAUUGAAGCAUUCGUCUUCGUCUUUUUAAGUACCUACGCGGUUAAUGUACCCUUAGGUUUUUUUGUAAACAUUCUUUUUCGAAGAAAAUAUUCUUACUUUUAAAGAUUUAUUAGAGUAGAUACAGAAUAUUGUUAAAGUUAAUUUAUUUUAAAAGUUAAUUAAUAAUUGCCAGAAUGGGUACUUAGUUUGCUGAAGUCAUAAGAAAUGAUGCAGGGGUUGGUGAGCGACAAGACGUUCCACUUGAAGUGGAACAACCACCUGCAGAACUUGAGCCAGCUGUUCACGACCAUCUACUCGUCGUCGGCGCUGGCCGACGUGACGCUCUCCUGCCGGGACGGCACCCUCAAAGCUCACAAGCUCGUGCUCUCAGCAUGCAGCCCUUACUUCGAACAAAUAUUCAGGGACAAUCCCUGUCAACACCCCAUCGUCAUCUUGAAGGGGAUCCCAUUCUCGGAGAUCAAUCUUCUGGUGGAGUUCAUGUACAAGGGGUCGGUAGACGUGCAGGAGUUGGAUCUCCAGUCUUUGAUGCACACAGCAUCCGAGCUGGAGAUCCGAGGACUAGCGUAUGAGGCUCGAGACAACGCUGCCCAGAUGUUGAAUGUCAAUUUGGAGUACCCGACAUACCCUCAGACUCAAACCUCGGUGACGGCUACUCCUCAGACGUACCCCCAGUCAAGAACAGAUGUGGAGAGGCUGAAACAGAUCCACAUGUACCAACAAUCCAUGAUGCGCGCUGAAGAAAUUCGGCGCCGGCGCCGCGAAGACAACCCUGGUACCCACACCGCCGUCAACAAUAUCCUGGCAGCGGCUGCUAGGGAGAUGGAGGAAGCCAGGCAUGCAGCUAGAGCUGGGGAGAGAGUAGUGGCCAGCAUUCAGACUGAACAGGAGCAAGCCGCUGCAGCGGCGGCCGCGGCAUCAUCGACGUCCAACGACAUCAAGCGUGACCCCGAUGAAGACCGCCCCAAGAAGCGCGUUUCCAUCAUGUCGCCCGAGGACGACAAGCUGCGCGCCAAGAAGAAGAUGACCGUGCGCUUCCAAGAUGACAGCAAGACUGACGAGCGCCCCAAUAAAAUCACUUCACCGGGCGCCCCCAACGACACUCACAAGUCGGACGAGAACGCCAAGACGGGAGGCAUCAAGGUGGUGCAGCUGGCUGUACUGCAGAAGCCGACCAACAAUGAGCAUGAUGAUUCUGAUGAGAAGAACAAGCACAUGAUGGACGACGACGAGGAAACCGACUCCAGCGGGUCGGUAUCGGACUCCGCCGCCAACGACUCGCAGGAGGGCCGGCCCCAUGUCUGCGACGUUUGCGAUCUGAGGUUCCAACGCUCGUCGCACCUGUCGCGGCACAAGCUGACUCACACGGGCGAACGGCCGUUUACUUGCGGCGGCUGCGGCCGUUCCUUCGCGCGCUCCGACAAGCUGCGUGUUCACACUAAGAUCUGCGAGCGCGAGGACCCCACCGUCGACAUGACCAACGAGUCGACCGCGAAGCGCGAGAACAGCUCGGAAGUGAUGUCCGGGAUGGUCCGGACCACCCACCGCGAGUCCGGACACCUGGUGUUCACGCCCAGCGGUGACGUCAUGCUGCCGCCGCGAGCCAACAGCCUGCUGCUCAACUCCUCGCUGGAGCCGGCGCGCGAGCUGCCGGGCGAGCUGGUGGACCCGCCCCGGCGCGGACGCGGCCGGCCGCGCAAGACGCCGCUGCCGCUGACGCCCAAGAUUAAGAAGAAGCGCGGCCGCCCGCCCAAGACUUCGCUCGACAUGGAGGGCUGCGUGCUGACCAGCGGCACGGUGAUGGGUCCGAGCCCGCAGCAGGCGCCGCAGCCCGUCGCGCACAUGACGCCGUCCGGCCAGCAGCUCAUGCUUAAGCGCAAGCGCGGCCGCCCGCCCAAGAACUACCUUAUGCCGCGCCCUGGUGUGGACAUGCAAAUACCGAUGCAGUACGGGCUCGUCGACCUGGCCAAGUGUUAUGGACGUCCAAACGAGAAUUACAACGCGACCAACCUGCCCUUCGGAGAUUUCUCUUACCUGACCGAGAUGAUUUACAACCCGCUGUCGUACAACUACGGGGUCACCAGUGUUGACCCCGACCGGAACGUUGACCCCGACCAGACCAUGACCUCCGAGACCUCGCAUGACCGCACUAUCGAUGUAUCCGAUUCCUCCUCCGAAGAUGAUGACAGCACUAAGGUUGAGCCAGAAGAGAACGUACCCCCAGUUGCCAUGGAGACCCAAAUCAUGACCGUCGGCGACUGCCAGAUCGUGAAGCUGCCUCCCUCCACCGAGGAGAAAGAAGACAAGUCCGAACAAGUCCAAGAGGCACCCGCCCCGCAAGCCCCAAGCGCGGUAACCAUUACGCCUAUAACCACUGUUGGGGACUGCACCAUCCGCCCCGUCGAGAACACAUAAUACGACUGGGUCAUCGUCUACCCCGUGUGCUACCCGUAAAGUUAAACCUGGUGAGAGAGCAAGGACUGGCGAGAUGUCACUAGCAACACUGAGAUAAAAAGAAUAUUGACAAUUUACAAGUAUUCGGCCAAUGUUACAAAUUUCCAGGCCAGGAAGGUUUCAAAAAAAAAAAAAGAGUUGCGAGAUGCGGCGUAACAGGAGGGCUACUCUGAAACGCUGUUUACGUAGUUUCGGAUCUAUCUGUCACCGUCGCUCACGCUCAACUCGCUUUGUGUAAGAGGGAUAGCAACAUUCGAAGCUUCGGAUUACGUUUUUCAACGUAACCCCGCAGAACUGUUUUUUGCAACUAUUUGACGGUUCCUUAGCACUUAUUGGCACGCUAAAAAUUUUAACUCUGAGAUUUACCUGAGUGACAUCGUGGAUCUUUAUGAGAAAUAGUGCUUUAGAAACGUGACUGGUUCAGUGAUUGGUUAUUGUACAAAACAGUGAAAUAAUCCUGACCACUGACACACAAAUGACAUCCUAAAAUCGGUUUCUUUUGACACUCGUGGUUGUUGCUCUAUUCUAAAGGAAUUUUAACUUUAUGGUGCUACCAGCACUUCGCCCGGGCGGUACAGGCUGUGAAGACUUCAGGUAUUUUGUGGAACUUUGAUGGUUAUUCAAAUUUGACUGCUUUUUAACGGCGUGAAAAUGUUUACUAGCAAGGAAAUCGUACUCGUGGUCGCAUGAGACCGCGGUAACAAUUGAUUUCUAUUGAUCGCUGGUCCUUGAAGGAUUGAUCUACUUUUACCUUACUAUCAAAGUAUGCCAAUAUAUCACCACAGCCUGUAGUUCUUUUCUAAUCUUAUGUAUUUCCGCAUAAAAAGCACAUUGUGGUGCUGACACGCUCGGGCCCGCGGGGUAGACAUUCGGCGCCGGCGCGAACAUUCGCCGCGCGUAUUUUAACAAGUAUUAUUGUGGUAGCAUUCAUAAGCUGUGCAUAAGCUGUCACAAUGUGAUGAGAGUAUAGAUUCAUGCUGGAUUUGAAGGUUGGUGUAUGCCUUUUAAUCGGGUGGAUAUCUACAAUGGCCUUGUAUGUGUUGCUAUACUUUCUUGGUGUUAGAAUGUCUUCCGAAUCGACGAGUCGCGAGGUUGAAAUGCUACUACAAUGAUCGUAAUUUUACAUCGCUUUAACGUUUGAAGUAUUUCAAGUGACUGUCGAAAUAUGCAUUUAGAUUGGUGGUAAAAUAAUUUAUUUUAAUGGGAAACUUAUGUAACAUAAUGCCAUAAGCUUUACAUGUUUAACAGUGAUACUCAGUGGUAACGAUUUGUAUGAACAAAUGAAAUGUCACAAUUUAAGCAAUGUUCUAUGUGUGAAUUUGUACUGGGAUACAGUUUUAAUUCCAAGACGUUUUCCUUGGGAGUAUCUAGUAUGGUCGACCUGCCAAAUGAUCUCAACACUUACGCGUAGACCGAAAAGGACAUAGGACGGAUUCAUCACAAGAUUUCAUUAAAUUAUAUGCAUUUAACAUUAAAACCUAUAUGCUGGUGUUGUGACAAAUAUUAAUACAUACAGUGGCCGCCGCACGGUCGUUUAACUGACCUAAACCUUGUCAACCCGUCUGACCUUUAACUAUUAUGGUGUAUGCGAGUCUUCAGACAAGGUGACACGGUCCGAAGGCAAUCCACGACUUGUGCGGUCAGCGCACUUUAGCCAACAGCUCACUGGCGAUUUUCACGUAGAACAUUGUGAGCCAUAGUCAUAUAAAAAUAGAAGUGUAAUAUUUUGCGAAUAUCUACAUAGAGGCAGCAUAUUUACGACGUUGAUGUAACGAUCAAACAUACAUAUUUAGGUACGCAAGUAUAUUAAUCAAUAAUAAAUAAUCAUGUAUGCACUAUAACGAGUCUUCUUCGCGGUCUGUAUGUCUACUAGUGAAUGCACGCAACUCUGUUACGAGUUGCAUGAGAAAAUCAUGCAUGUGCAUUGGUACACAGCGGUCAAUCUUUCGAGCUGUAUGCCCACUGGUAUUAAUUGUGUAACAUACAGACUGAUUUCUUCUAUUUCAUUCAGAUACACUGUCCAAAAAUAUUGUCCUAUCCGCAGACUCUCGGUCGAUGUAUUGGAUCUGAUUAUUAUUAUGCUAAGAGUUUCUGCCUUGUAUUCAUGUAGUGAUAUUUUUGUAUGGUGUAUCGUGUCGAUGUAACAAGCAUCUGAUUGGCUGUCUAUUACGUUAAGUUCAAAUUAUUUUUAUAGUUAGUACAUUGAUGUGUAGUGUGAGCACACGCUAUUUCGCCUUUCCAUGUUCUUACUUUAUCAAUCUCUGUGAAUACUAGAUCGUAGCAUGUAGUGUCUUAGAUAAAACUUAAUAUUCUAAAUAUUAUAAACUCGGCAACACCACACGAACAAGUGAUACGACGUAAGCUACUUAUUUUUAGCAGAACAUAAUUAUGUCAUUAUGUGUACUAACAUAUUAUAUUUCUCUAAAUCAUUUUGCCUGUAAGCAAUGAUUAACGUAUCGUAGUGUUAUAUUAUAUACAUAUUAUAAUAUUAUGAAUAACGCAAUAUAUAAUAUAAACCCCAAGGUCUGACAGCUACUUUGCCAUUCGGAGAGGCUGUGAAACAGCCAGAAUCGGCAACUUUAUUCAUUUGUAUGAAGCCAUUUAGUUCCUUACGUUUAUUUUAAUCAUUUUAAAUCAAUGUCUUGUUAAGUUGUGCGUGCUAUUACGCGAAUGUCUCCUUUGCUAUACUGUAAUCUUUUUUGAAGUAUUACAUGAUUUACGCUACUGUUUCAUUUCUUUAUAUCUGUACAGUAGAAUAGUUCCUAACUUGUAAUCGAUACAAAUAUAACCCUUUACAUAAUACAUAGCGUAGCGAUGACGUAAAUUAAUUUCUCCUUCGAUCGUUUAGAAUUAAGACUUAUUUUUUAUAUAAUUCGAUCAAAUUUUAGUAAUUUUUAGUGUUUCACUAUUAGUGAUAUCGAUUCGAAUUGUUUUAAGGUUGAUUUACGUUUAUAUUUGUCGUAUUUUAAUAGAAGACUGCUCGGAUUUGUUUUCUAUUGUUUUUGAGUCUAUAGACAAAGCAAUUUCGCUCGUAAUUCUACAGUUUCUAAUUCAAGGCAGUAAAUUGUCUUUGGUAAUGUCAUUUUCUAUCCUCAUCAGCUAAAAUUCCCUUUCGGAGAUUCCUAUUGGUCCAAUCAUUUCUCUUUGUAUUAAAAAUUGAAGAAUAUAAUAGCAUGUUUAAUGUGAUCUUUCAACACACUGAUAAUAGAUGGCGCACAAGCACAUCACGUGACUUGUCGAUCGCUUAUGUCACAUUUGUUGACGAUUCGAAAGCGAACGUUGCUUUGUCUACAGACGUUUUCGCUUGAAGGGUGUCGUUGUUUGAGGCCUUCAGAGGCAUCCGAUGGGUCAUGAGUCUCACACGGCAAGCUAAGCUUAUUGAGAAUUAUUUAAUAUAGGAAUCUGUAUUUUUAUAAUGAUACUAAGCUAAGUUUACGACUAUACAAUAUAACAGUUACUCCGUAUAUUAAUGUAGUGACCAUGUAUAUCCCACGUCGUAGUUUUAGAGUACGUGCCGAGUUAUUUUUGUCGUUCUAUUAUUGGCUCUGCGUUGUCGUUAAGUUUAUGUUAGUUUGCGUUUGUUCGAGCCAGUACUAGCACACUUAAAUCAAUAAAUCGAAUGCUUCCAGAUUUUUUGAUAAUAUCUAUGUAAUGUAUCAAACACACGACAGUAACUUAGGUAUAGAUCCUUUAUCAUCAAAUUGCAAUAUAGCGUAAGUGUAGUUUGUAACAAAAUUAGGUGUGCUAUUAUUGGUAUGAGAACUUGUCUGGUUGUUUAUCAGUACGAAGUUUUGCUCCGGAUUGUUGGACGAAUGAUGUCGAUCGCUGAGUGGUUGCAUUUAUAUUUAAUUUGUAUGUAAUUUUGUCACAGCGGUGGAAUAAGAGGCGGCGCGAGUUGACAACAUCGAUUGAGUACGCGGCAAAUAAUUUAUUGUCUGUAUGCAUGAAUGAAUGGCCCUUUUAUUAAACUGAUGUGACAAACAUAGAAACGACUUAGAUUAAGAGCAAGUAAGAAACAGUAUAAGGCUCCACAAAUCAUAAUUAUUUGUCCUCCUAAUACGUGUGUAAGAAAUCGCCUACAGCUACACGUUGGUAAUCAAAACGCAUGUUCAAGAAACAAUCUUCCAUUAUUGAUCACUUCCUUGAUCUAAGUAUGUUUCUAUGUCAAUAACUAAAUUAUUUAAGUAAUCAUCAUUGUAUCCUAUAUUAUUUAUGUGAGACAUCGGCCGGACAGUUGUCUUCGCAUGUUUGGCGAUAGUUUAGUUAUAAUAAUUUUGUCGAACGAUUUUAAUUCCUGUAUUGUGAAAUGUUUAUUCAUUUUACGUUGUGAUCAUGUGAGUGCAAAAUUUUUAUUAUUUUAUCCAGUUUCGUUGACGGUUCGUCAAUUUAAGGGCAGCAGAAAUAAUAGUGUUUCGUUCUGCAUAGUCCAAGAGCAGUAUUUUUUAGAUGUAAUCUUUAUUAUUAUGAACUUUUUUAUUAUUUUAACAUUUGAAAUUCGAUCGUUAGUUAAUUUCUAACAAUGAAAUAUUUAAUAAAGAAAUCACAAAAUUU